AUGGCAGCAGUUAAAGUGGUUCAACAGACCACCUGCGUGGGCCUCGGCGCCCUUCUGGACGCGGGUGAAGGCGCUGUGGUGACGCUGCUGGCGGGGGAGACGCGGCUGGCGGCGCACCGGGCCGUCCUGGCCGCCCGGAGCCCCGUGUUCCAGGCCAUGUUCCAGCACGACACGCUGGAGGCCAGCAGCGGUCAGGUCAGCAUCGCAGACGUGGAGGGCCCGGUGCUGAGGGAACUGCUGAGCUACAUGUACACCCUCGAGGCCCCCCAGCUGCCCGGCAUGGCCCCCCAGCUCCUCGCCGCUGCUGACAAGUACGGCUUGUCGGCCUUGAAGUCCAUCUGCGAGCAGCAGGUGGUCGCUCAGCUGACCGUCGAGAACGCGGCAGCCGCGGCUGUGCUGGCAGUGAGGCACUCGUGCCCAGACCUUACUGCGGCCGCCGUCGCCUUCAUAAAGGCCCGCAACAUCCAGGUGAUGGCCACGGAGGGAUGGGCUGACGCGAUGCGGAACUAUGUUGAAGACGUGAUCGUAGUCACCCAGCUGCUCGCUGAUGCACCACCGGGUCCCAGCUUAGCACGACACGAGCUACUUGUCUGA